UGAUUUGAAGCACGAAAUUGAAAAAAUAGUAUAAUUUCGGAGGAGACUAUUAUUAAUAUUUAAUAAAUAUAAUUAUAUUGUGUAACAAUUCCUUUAUUGACGAUAUCAAUUGCGUCGAUUCCAUUAAUAUAAAUAUUGCUCUGACGGACUUAAGCACCUUUUCACUUCAACACGCCGAAUCAUAUGUUGAUACCUUUCUGAGUAUAUUUUAAGAAGAGGAAGAACCUGAAGUGAUUUUAGAAUUUUUUCCGUAAAAACAGAUAAUUUGUCGGCAUAGAGUUAGUAUCCGCUUUUGCUUUAGGUUUUGCGGUUUAAAUUGUAAAGCAAUGGAGAUUGAAAUAUUAAAUGCAAAAAAUUCUAAAUCCUAUGGUAAAUGUCGCGUGCCUAAAGAUAUCGUUAUUGGCGAUUUACGUGCAUUAAUCUAUCAAAAAUUAAAGAGUGCUCCGGUGGCUGAUAGGCAGUCACUGCGUUUGGAACCGCGGGGUAAAGCUUUGAAAGAUACCGACUCGCUGCAAGCGUUAAAGCUCAUAGAUGGCGAUAAAUUAUACAUUAAAGAUUUGGGUCCCCAAAUAGGAUGGAAGACAGUUUUCUUGGCAGAAUACGCCGGGCCUUUAGUGGUAUACCUGCUGUUUUAUACUCGGCCAGAAUUGAUGUAUGGCAAUGCGGCCGACACAAAAAUUUCUUUAACCGCGCAUAUAGCGGCAAUUUGUUACACUGUACACUAUGUGAAGCGUUUGCUGGAAACUAUUUUUGUUCAUCGGUUUUCACAUGCCACAAUGCCAUUACGUAAUUUAUUUAAGAAUUGCUCAUAUUAUUGGGGCUUCACCGCUUAUGUAUCGUAUCAUGUUAAUCAUCCCUUGUUUACUGCACCGAGCCCACUACAAGUUUGGACAGCUCUGGGUGCAUUUGCCUUUUGCGAAUUUGGUAACUUUUCGGUGCACAUUGCAUUGCGUAAUUUGAGGCCGCCUGGUACUAAAGUUCGUAAAAUACCCAAACCCGAUAGCAAUCCUCUAACAAAUCUGUUCAACUUGGUAUCUUGUCCGAACUAUACAUAUGAGAUAGGAGCUUGGAUUUCAUUUUCUAUAAUGACUUCGUGUUUGCCAGCUCUGAUGUUUGCCUUAGCAGGAGCUUUUCAAAUGACAGUUUGGGCCUUAGCCAAACAUCGCAAUUAUCGUAAAGAGUUUAAGGACUAUCCUAGGAACCGUCGAGCCAUCUUCCCAUUUAUAAUCUAAACAUGCACAAUACGCAUUUUAUUAAACAUUUCCAGUGGUUUUUAUAACAUUAGCUUUUACAACAUAUUAUAAUAGUCAUUUAAAAGGUGUUAUGUAAGAAUUUCAACUUUAUACUAUUUCUAAAUUAACUUAAUGACUGCACUUUUAACGUACUCCAAUGAGCAAGCACAUAAAUGUGAAGGUGCGUUAGUAAUAAAAUGGAAGUAAUCGGUUUUUAUAGCA